UCCUUUCAUAACUCAUACACCAAAAACCCAUCACAAAACCUGUGGCUCGUCUUCCAUCCCCAAAUUCUCUGAUCCCAACGGCUAACCCCCACCCUUUUCAUUCUCUCCUCGCGAGACUCCCCUCAUGACUCCAUCGCGUUAAUUUCUGUUCCAAACUCUCUUUCUCGGCCCUUAAAACCCUAUAAACCCCAUGUCCUUUUCCUCGAAUCCAUGCCGCCCUCUUCGAUCGCCCAAGAGCCCUUCACCCUCCUCGACCUCCUCUCCCGCGUCCGAUGCCUCUCCUCCGACCCCAAAUCCCCCCCAUCCCCCUUUAUCCCCACCCAGCCCGCCCCAAUUCCCCUGAACUCCUACAUCGAUGGCUUCGUCCGCCCUCCUUUGGCCCCGAGGCGGAGCUACCGGGCGGCCGCCUCCUGUCGGCUCUCGAGUAGCUCUUUGAAGAUCCAUGGACUCUGGAGCGAAUUCAAUCGCUUUGUUCGAAUUCACUGCGACCGCCCCCCGAUAGGGUUCGCCUCCAUUGGGCUCGGGGUACCGCCUAAUGAUACCGCGGAGCCCCCUUUGGGGGAAGAGGGACCUGUUGUCGUGGAAGACGAUGGGGUGCCCGUUAAUGGCGUGGAGCUUGAGGCGCCCAAGAAAGUUUUGAUCUUGAUGAGCGAUACUGGCGGUGGCCACCGGGCUUCGGCCGAGGCCAUUAAGGCGGCUUUCAAUCAAGAAUUCGGUGACGAGUACCAGGUGUUUGUUACGGAUUUAUGGACCGACCACACACCUUGGCCUUUCAACCAAUUGCCCAGGAGCUACAAUUUCUUGGUAAAGCAUGGGACUUUGUGGAAAAUGACGUACUAUGGGAGCGUCCCACGGUUAGUGCAUCAACCCCAUUUUGCCGCAACUUCGACAUUCAUAGCUCGGGAAGUUGCAAAAGGACUGAUGAAAUACCAGCCAGAUAUUAUUAUCAGUGUACAUCCUCUGAUGCAGCACGUUCCUCUUAGAAUCCUCAGGGCAAAAGGUUUGCUAAAGAAGAUCGUAUUUACCACAGUUGUCACAGAUCUUAGCACUUGCCAUCCAACAUGGUUUCACAAGCUUGUAACGAGAUGUUAUUGCCCUUCUACUGAGGUGGCAAAGAGGGCAUUAAAAGCUGGACUGCAGCCUUCCCAGAUAAAGGUCUAUGGCCUUCCAGUGCGUCCUUCUUUUGUUAAACCAGUCCGACCAAAAGAUAUAUUGAGAAGAGAGUUAGGAAUGCAUGAGGAUUUACCUGCUGUUUUAUUGAUGGGAGGAGGGGAAGGCAUGGGUCCCAUUGAGGCUACUGCUCAGGCACUUGGAAAUACAUUAUAUGAUGAGAAUCUCGGACAACCCAUUGGUCAGAUCCUUGUCAUAUGUGGCCGGAAUAAAAGGCUUUACAACAGGUUGCAGUCAACUGAUUGGAAAGUUCCUGUUCAGGUAAAAGGUUUUGUUACUAAAAUGGAAGACUGCAUGGGUGCAUGCGACUGCAUUAUCACAAAGGCAGGACCAGGGACCAUUGCAGAAUCCAUGAUUCGCGGUCUUCCUAUUAUUUUAAAUGAUUACAUUGCAGGGCAGUUUGCCGGCCAAGUGAUUUUUCCCAACUUCACUAGAGGAUUAUUUACUGUCUACUUUGACAUCGGAGUUCAUUGUGGAAGUUACGGGAAAUGCAAAAUCACAUGCCUUUCUAGAGCAUCAGACUGCUGAAGUUGGCAAUGUUCCUUACGUAGUGGAAAAUGGAUGCGGGAAGUUCUCAAAGUCACCGAAAGAGAUAGCAAAGAUAGUUGCCGAGUGGUUUGGUCCAAGAUCCGAAGAACUCAAAGCCAUGUCACAGAAUUGCUUAAAACUAGCGCGACCAGAUGCUGUUUUUAAGAUUGUUCAUGAUCUUCAUGAGUUGGUCAGACAAAAAAAUCUUGUACCACAGUACUCAUGUGCAACUUGAGUUUAUGCGCCAAUGUUGAGAAUUGUUUAUUUUUUUAAUACAGUGGCUUUUCUACAAGCUUUUUAAUGAUAUUUCUUUUCUCUCUC